CUCGCGUCAAUAGCAGCAAGCAUGAACCCCAACAACCAGCAGCAGUCCAACCGACUGCAACUCAACUUUGGAUUCCAAGGAGCUCAGAACUUUGGCGGCGCUGAGCAGGGUCGCGCCUAUCCUACCACCCCUUCGACCUUCCCACAGCCCUUUCCCAAUCCUCAGGGACAACAAGAGGUCUGGGGCACUGCCCAGCCUGGUAUGAACACCGGCUUCACCAACCAAGGCUAUUUUGCAAACAACCCCUAUACCUCGGCCGUCCAGCAACAACAGGCCAACCUGCACGCCCAGCAAGGCUACCGACCUCAGCCCAAUCAAGCACAGCAACAACCACAACAGCAGCAGCAGCAGCAGUACCACGAUGCCGCUACCAACGGCCUGGUGCACCAAUUCUCCAACCAGAAUCUCGGUGGUCCACCUCGCUCCCAGAGCCCCUAUGGCCGUCAAGUUUCACCCAACCCAAACCCCAAUCGUCCGCGUACCGCCAACUCGACCCACCAACAACAGCAACACUAUUCGGGCCCAUCUCUGUCGGACGAAGAGCCCCCACCAAAGAACCCCGAGCGCUUCUCGACCAGCAUUGGCAACCGUGCGAAGCUGCAGACGGAGCUGGUCAGCACUUUCUUCCGUGACAGUCUCGAGACCAUCAUGAAGGAUGCCACAGUAUCAGACUCCCGCAAACAGCAAAAGACGACUAGUAUGCGUCGCUCCGAAGCAAACUUCCUCCGUUUCCUUCGAACCAGCGAGAGACCUCAGAACUACACAACACUCAAGAUUAUCGGAAAGGGAGCCUUUGGUGAAGUCAAGCUCGUGCAGCGCAAGCAUGAUGGCAAGAUUUAUGCCCUCAAGUCUCUCGUCAAGGCUGAAAUGGACCAACUCGCUCACGUGCGUGCCGAGCGCGACAUUCUUGCAAACGCCGACAGUCCUUGGCUCGUCAAGCUGCAUACUUCAUUCCAAGACUCGACCUUCCUCUACAUGCUUAUGGAGUUCUUGCCAGGUGGUGAUCUCAUGACCAUGCUGAUCAAGUACGAAAUCUUCUCCGAGGACAUUACUCGUUUCUAUAUGGCCGAGAUAACACUGGCUCUGGAAGCUCCCGACAACAUCUUGCUCGACCGAGGCGGCCACAUCAAGCUUACUGACUUCGGUCUCUCGACCGGUUUCCACAAGGAACACAACGCCUCAUACUACCAACAACUCAUGUCAAACGCACGCUCACGUGCUACCGCCGCAAACCGCCAGUCAGUCUCACUCGACCAGAUUCAGUUGACUGUCAGCAAUCGUCAUCAAGUAAACACUUGGCGCAAGUCUCGUCGCCAACUCGCAUAUUCGACCGUUGGUACUCCUGAUUACAUCGCUCCCGAGAUCUUCAGCGGCAAGGGAUACGAUUACCGCUGUGAUUGGUGGAGUGUUGGUACCAUCAUGUUCGAGUGUCUGAUCGGAUGGCCUCCAUUCUGCGCAGAGGAACCUCACGAUACCUACCGCAAGAUUGUCGACUGGCCAAGAAACCUGCACUUCCCUCCUGACCAACAGAUUGGCCCCGAGGCAGAGCACUUCAUUCGCAGUUUGCUGACAUCAACANGUCUGAUUUGUGAUGCCGACAACCGUCUUGGUCGCCUUGGAGGUGGCACCGAAAUCAAGCAGCAUCCCUUCUUCCGUGGCGUUGUAUGGGAUCAACUUCGUCGCAUCCGCGCUCCCUUCGAGCCCAAGCUCUCGUCGGCAAUCGACACACAGAACUUCCCCAUCGACGAGAUUCCGCAGACCGACAACAGCGCCGCCCUGCGGGCUCAGAACGAGGCGAUGGGCGGAGAGGAAGCCAGUAUGAGCUUGCCCUUCAUUGGCUACACUUACAAGCGUUUCGAUGCUUUCCGUGGUAGCUGA